UUGCUUCCUUCAGGUGUUGGCGUUUCCGGUAUGUGGUACUGGCAUCAUUCUCAUCAUUGCAUGUCACUAUCCUCCUUGACCGAGCAUUACAAUGCAGGGCAGUUCAAGGGGCGUGAUCUCUCGGUGUUUUGGCAUUCUCUCGGUGUUGUCUUUUUUCGUUUCGUUUUGGGGUGCAGAAGGCUUGUGCCUAACCGCAUUAUAUAGGAUUACAGGGGCAUGUCCGAAAUACUUCCUUGUGCUGAAGGUGUUAACACUUGCUGGGUUUGCUUCUUAUUUUUCUCCUUUCGAAGGUGGGCUGGUUGUUGGUGUUGAUUUUCUUCUUUUUUUCAUGUUACGAUACCUUGGGUCAAUUUAUGCAUUAAGUCUAGGAGGCAGUUAAUGAAUGGAUGCAAGGUCAAAUCUCGAAUGUCUCUGGUUUAGGAAACUUCACUUCUCUCCACUCCUACUUUUCCCCUUGCAGUCUAAUAUGCACGGUGCUCUUUUUGCCCAAGUUUUGGUAACAAGGCGAAUGGAAGUUAGAUCCUUUACUGGGCUGGAGGAGUGCU